AUGUUAGGUAAUAGUGACAAGUGUCAUCAUUGUCUUUCCUGUCUUUCUUUCAUCGCCUUCUUCGUCGCCUUCCCGUCUCUUUCAUCGCCUUCCCGUCUCUUUCACCACAUUUCCAUCUCUCUUGUCACCUCUCCGUCUCUUUUUGCCACCUCUCCAUCUUUUUUGCUACCUUUCCCUCUCUUUCAUCAGCUUUUCGUGUGUUUUGUCACCUUCCCUUCUCUUUCAUCACCUAUCUCUUUUGAUGCCUUCCUGUUUUGUUACUUUUCUGUUUCUUUCAUUGCAUUUCUGUCUUGUUUGUUGCCUUUUCAUCUCUUUCAUCAACUUUCCAUCUUUUUUGUCACCUUUCCUACUCUUUUGAUGCCUUUCUGUUUGUUUUGUUGCCUUUCCACCUCUUUCACCGCCUUUUCGUCUCAUUUGUUACCUUUUUGUCUUGUUGGUUGCUUUUUUGUCUCUUUUGUUGCCUUUUCACCUUGUUCAUCACUUUCUGUCUCUUUUGUCACCUUUCCAUCUCUUUCAUUGUCUUUCCUUUUCUUUUGUCACCUGCCAUUUCGUUUGUCCCCUUUCCAUCUCGUUUGUCCCCUUUCCACAUCUUUUGAUGCUUUUCCAUCUCUUUUGCAGCUUGUCAACCUCUUUCAUCACCUUUCUGUCCCUUUCACUCUUUCCUACCCUUUCGCUCUUUCCUUCCCUUUCGCUCUUUCCUUCAUUUUCAUGUUUUUUCCCUGCUCAUUCUUUCCACAUCUAUUUUCCCCUCAUUCUCUGUGUGUCCUUCUUUCUUCAACAGCCUACACUUUGUAA